AUGGCCCAAGAAGCUGAGGACUACACCGCCCUCUACCGGGAUGAGGACAGCGAUGAGGAGGAGGAGGAGGGAGAGAUACUGGAAAGACUGCGGCAACACAAGGAGAUCAUCGAGAGCUUGCGUCUGAAGCCAUGGAGGAUGAAGAAGAAAUUGCAGACUCUACGGAUGGCAAGACGAUACGUAGAGAAGAUAGAGGGCCGGCUCUCAAAGACACGAGGAUAUCAAGUAGUCGGAGUUAAGUUCUGGAAGAAGAUGAAACGCAGCUUCUCCAACUACAUUGUGCUACUGAUCCCAUGGGAGAUCCGGAUACGGCGGAUAGAGAGUCAUUUCGGCACCGUCGUUGCUUCAUACUUUACCUUCCUCCGCUGGAUAUUCUGGGUGAACAUAGUCAUUACAGUCCUCACCAUCUGCUUCAUCGUCGUCCCCGAGGCAAUGGUGGGCGACCACGCCUCUCACGUGCUAAACACCGAAGAGGAAAAGAACGCCGCCUCCCUGAAAGCUAUCUGGGACUUCCAAGGGUACAUGAAAGUGUCAGUGCUUUUCUAUGGUUACUACAGCGACGACGAGGAGAUAGGAAAUGGUUAUAGGUUGCCGAUUGCCUACUUCAUGACCUGUCUCGCAGUAUACGCAUACAGCUUUUUUGCUAUACUUCGCAAAAUGGCAGCCAAUUCUAAGAUGAGCAAGAUGGCUGGCAAAGACGAGCAGUUUACGUUCGGCUGGAAAGUCUUCACCAGCUGGGACUACAUGAUAGGCAACCCCGAGACUGGCGACAAUCGAGUCGCGGCAAUCUCCACGACAUUAAAGGAGUCGAUCAUCGAAGAGAAGGAGAAGAUCAAAGAGGAGCGACGAUGGCUGGUCGUCCUGCUUCGCCUGCUCGCCAACACGCUCAUCCUGGUGCUACUGCUGUCGAGCGGUUACGCCAUCUACUGGAUUGUUGAACGAUCUAAGCAGUUCGAGGAACAGGAUCCGGCGACGCUCAGCUUCUGGCAGCAAAACGAGGUGGCGAUGGUCGUUUCGCUAAUUACGCUCCUAUUUCCAACAUUGUUCGACCUCAUUGGUAUGAUGGAGAGCCGCCAUCCCCGCCAGCAGCUGAGAUGGCAGCUUGCCAGAAUUUUGGUAUUGUACUUAUUAAACUUGUACACGCUGGUCAUUGCUCUACUGAAUAAGGUGCAAGCACUGGUAAAAACCCAAGAGGAACUGCGAAAAGCCAUAGAUUAUGUUCAGGAGAACAACUCGACCGGCACUGCUCAGAAACUGCAGGGCCAGCCAAUGUCCAGCCAGACUCCCAAUUGCACAUCUACCAAUGACUGCGGUGACGUCACCGCAUCGUCGUCGACGGGUUCCAUCAGUGACGUCAGCGCGCCGCGCAGCUCAGCUCGCGAUGGGUACACGGAUUACUACACGGGCUGGCAGAGGGGAACAUUGGAGACGACGGACGUCGCCGGAUUCGAGUCGACAAUCGGCGCCGCGACGAACGCGACGACAGAAGGUACGGCGGCGAUGUUCAGCGGUAUCUAUGACGUCAUCACGACGACGUUGGGCAGCGUGCGCAGCGGGGUGUCCGACAUGUUGACGUCGACGCAGAACACCGUCUCCGAGUUCGCCGGCGUCGUCAGCAGCAUCACGAACACCGUCGUCAACAUGUACAACGACACGAGCACGCCGAUUGUUGACGCGAUGACGUCGGCGACGGACAACGCGACGACGUCGGGCGUUGUCGGCGCCGUUGACAUAACCGCCGACACUCGGUGGACGACGGACACGUACGCUUCCGUCUUCACCACCGACCUGGGCGACAACGUCAGCUAUGCCAUCGACCUGCUCAACUUCACCGAUGUCGAUAUUCCAAACUAUUUAUAUUUGAAUUCGACGUCGGCGGCCGUCUCCCGGCCGUUCGCGCGCGACCUCUGUUGGGAGACGAUGGUCGGACAGGAAAUCCUCAAGCUAACUCUGAUCGACCUGGUCCUUACUGUCGCCUCCAUUAUCGCCAUCGACUUCCUACGUGGACUCUUCGUUCGAUUCUGCAAUAAGUACUGGUGCUGGGAUCUCGAACGACAGUUUCCAGAAUAUGGCGAAUUCAAAGUCGCUGAAAACAUUCUCCAUCUAGUCAAUAACCAGGGCAUGAUAUGGAUGGGGAUGUUCUUCUCGCCCGUGCUGCCUGCCAUCAACACUGUGAAGCUGCUCAGCAUCAUGUACAUCCGCAGCUGGGCUGUGCUCACGUGCAACGUGCCGCACGAGCGCGUCUUCCGCGCGUCGCGCUCCAACAACUUCUACUUCGCGUUGUUGCUGACGAUGCUGUUCCUGUGCGUACUGCCUGUCGGCUACUCGGUCGUGUGGCUAGAGCCGUCCUACAGCUGCGGUCCGUUUAGUAUCUCUGCGCACUGGGAGAUCAUCUCCAGCUAUUACCGUUGCAAUACCAGCUAUUGCCAGCUCUUGCUGAUAGCACGCUGCCGCUCGCUGCCGCUCAGCUGGCACGCUAGCGAUACAAAGAAGGACAUGGAAUCGUCGAUGAGUGUAUUGGAUCUUGUCGCCAAGAUAGACCACAGACGGCAUCCAUCCAGUGACAGCUCAAAGCUACACAGCGUUGUCGAGCAUAGACCGGUACCGCAAUUGACAGGCAAACACCAGCAGAGCAGGACCGUCAAGACGACGUUGUCAGUGCCAAGCAUGACCAAUCAUAUCCAGGGCGGCACACCUAGGAAGAAAUACAUGACGGAGCCGUAUUUAUGUAUGAGCAUGUCGCAGGAUCGCGGCGGAGCGCAGACGCCAGGUAUUGAAGCGCUGCGCAGAACUCACUCGCCGUCGCCGUCGCCAUCGCCGCAUCACAGACGCCACAGGGCCGUCGCGCGGAGGUCAACAGACGCCGACGAUGUAUCGCCGAGACGUACGACGCAAACGCCUCCUCUCAACGAAUGCGCACAGCUUCCGCGAUCGGCGUCGCCGACGAGGCGGUCAGCAACCAUGCCGGCACGCAGUGGAAGGACGGAUGUGAUGACGUCGACGUUUCCGUGCGCCGAAGUGCCGCUGGAGACGGACGUUCUAGUUCCGGUGGCGCAGCGGGCGUGCGAGAAACAAGCUCUGCACCCCCAGGUGGCGCCAACGGCGACAAUGGAGGAUAGCGACCUUGGCAGCGACACGCCAACGCCCGUCUUCACGCCUGACAUGCCGAUCCACUACAAGAUCACCAUGGCAACGCGUCGGCUUCAGACGUCCAUCGGCCUGUGA